UGAUUGGCAUCUGUGUCUCUUUCCAAGUUUUUACACUUUGAUAGCUCUUAUUACUACAUGGAGUUUAGUGACAUUACAGUAUUCACAGCAUAGCUCUGCCCUCCUUCAACAAGAACAGUCUGAUCAGCAAGAAUAAGUGACAACACCUUUGCGCAGUGGUGUAAAUUAACUAAGUGCAUUUACUCAAGUACGGUACUUCAGUUCAAAUUUGAGGCACUUGUAAUUUACUCAGGUAUUUCCACUUCUACUCAACUACACCUCAGCGUGUAAACAGUGUACUUUUUACUAGAAUAUAUCUAGUAACUUUGAAUAUUAUAUAUAUAUUUUAACAAUAAAUACAUAUUGUUAUUAUUAUAUCAAUGACACUGAAUUGAUCCUAAGGGGGAAAUUCACGAGCUACCCUGAAAAUGAAUGUAUAGGACAAAAAUCUAUAUAAAUAGGCCAAAAUCGAAAUGGGCUCCAACAGCAUUAAAGCACAGAACACAUUAAUGCAUCAAUAAUUAUAGUACAAUAUUAUAUGUUGUUGUGAAAUGGUCCAUUCUGCAUUAUGAGUACUUUACUUGAAGUACAUUUUGAUGCUUACAUUUUUGUUUAAACAUAAAGGAGCUCUGUAAAUUACAGAAUAAAGUUGAGUACAAACAAUUUAGGCUAACUAUAGUAAGCAUGUCUUGAAAUAAAACAAAAUAUAAAUGACAUAAUAAGGGGUUCUGUAGUUUAAACCUUAUUACAAUAACAAAGUUUAAAGAGUUUUGUUCUCUCUUGCUUUUCAUCAGUUUCAGAUAUUUCAUAAAUUGAGCACAUUUUGAAACGCUAUCUGUGUCAACGGACCAUGACGUCAUCGCGUCUACCAAGAACGUGCGUCGAACACCGGAAGUUGAAUUAUCAGCUGAUCCUGCUGGCAGUUGUUGAUGCCUGAAGUUGCUGUUGUUUGGACACUGUGUUGCUCUUAUCUGCGCCUGACAUUGAACACAUAUUAAACCCGAGCUAAGGACACGGUGGACAUUUACCGGCAGACGAGCUUACGAGUUACGAGGAAAGCGUUUCACGGCCAGGAAUUUGCGCACAAGCGGCAGAAGAGCUAGCUCCAAAGCCUGAACCUCUGCUGAAAGGAAGAAAGAAAGACAGCAGAGACAGCCCACGGCUCGGCGUGCUUUCUUUGUGAAUGUCGUGCCUGUCUGAACCGCGAUAUACAUUGUCUUUGUCUUGAAUUCAGAGUUAUUUUCUGCACAUACGUUAUUUAUAUUUAUACUUUAUUACCAUUACGCGCAGGGCAGCUAACGUUAGCCCGUAGCGCAAAGAAACAGUGUUGUUGUCGAGCUUUGGUGCUUUCGUAACCGCCCAGCAGUGACAGAAGACGAUAGCUAACAGUGACAAUAAUCGGGUUUUGACACGUUGUUUUUUGUGCCUGUAUUUUUUUGGGGUGUUCAUCACUGGAUCAGUUGCUCUGUUGGUCUGUUUGGAGACCUGGAACACAACUGUAACCGAACACGUUGUUACAUUGAAGCCUGAUGUGGACGUGUGGCUGUUGAACACGUCAGACUAAUCUGUUUGUUUACUCCUGACGUCGAAUCGAGUGAAUUCAUUUUUGUUAAAUCCAUAUCGAUUAUGUGAUAAAGCCACACAAACGGGUACUAGCUUAACUGACAGCUGUCCUUGUAAGCUGAGGUUGGCUGGCAGGGUGCAUCAUUUGUUUGUCUGCAAGCUUUCAGACUUUUCUGGGUAACUUGUUAAACUGCUAUUUAAAACGUAUGUAAGUCUUAGGUGGCUCUGUGAAUUUCAUUUUGAAUAUUUAACACAUUAGUUUUCAUUUAUUUUAUUUUUUUUAAUCUCAUAUGACAUGUGAGAAACUGGCUACCUUUUACUGUAACCCAUAGUUUGAGGAGCUGUUUGAUGCGCUCACGUGGAAAAAAUAAGUCAAUGGAGUUAUGAACUAAAAUAGCCAUCUGAAACUAUUGAGACUGUGCUGGGAUCAGGGACAGACGGGCGAAGAGAACGGGUCCCUCAGAGGGUCCCAUUGUGUCUUGAGGUGAGGUGAGCUGCCCCCCACUACUUGCCAAUGCUGGACCUGGAGGUGGUGCCUGAGAGAUCACUAGGAAAUGAGCAAUGGGAAUUCGCCUUAGGGAUGCCAUUGGCCCAGGCCAUCUCUAUUCUGCAGAAACACUGCCGCAUCAUCAAAAAUGUCCAGGUGCUAUACAGUGAACAGACACCACUCAGCCAUGACCUCAUACUGAACUUGACUCAGGAUGGGAUUAAACUGCUGUUUGAUGCCACAAAUCAGAGACUCAAGGUGAUCGAAGUGUAUGACCUGAGCAAAGUCAAGUUGAAAUACUGUGGAGUCCAUUUCAACUCUCAGGCCAUUGCCCCCACAAUAGAGCAAAUAGACCAGUCGUUUGGAGCUACGCACCCUGGAGUUUACAAUGCUGCAGAGCAGUUGUUCCAUCUCAACUUUCGAGGGCUGUCCUUCUCCUUCCAACUGGACUCGUGGAACGAAGCUCCAAAAUACGAGCCUAACUUUGCCAUGGGUUUGGCCUCCCUGCAGAUUCCACACGGGGCCAUGGUCAAGAGGAUGCACAUCUACACCGGCAACAACCUGCAAGAAACAAGGGCUCCCGUGAUGCCGUUGGCUUGUUUCCUUGGUAACAUCUUUGCAGAGAGCGUUGAUGUCCUGAGAGAUGGUGCCGGGCCUCUGGGGCUCAAACUCCGCCUUCUCACUGCAGGCUGUGGUCCAGGUGUGAUGGCUGAUGCUAAAGUGAGGUCCCUAGAAAGGAGCAUCUACUUUGGAGAUUCCUGUCAAGAUGUACUGGGUGCUCUGGGCUCGCCACAUAAAGUCUUCUACAAGUCUGAGGACAAGAUGAAGAUCCACUCUCCGUCACCUCACAAGCAGGUUCCUUCUAAAUGUAACGACUACUUCUUCAACUACUUCUCCCUCGGAGUGGAUAUCCUGUUUGACUCUGCAACUCACCUGGUUAAGAAGUUUGUCCUCCAUACCAACUUCCCCGGCCAUUACAACUUCAAUAUAUAUCAUCGAUGUGACUUUAAGAUUCCACUCGUCAUUAAGAAAGAAGGAGCCGAUUCUCAGACGGAGGACUGCAUGUUAACAACCUACAGCAAGUGGGAUCAGAUUCAGGAACUGCUCGGUCACCCGAUGGAAAAACCCGUCGUGCUCCACAGGUCCUCAUCAGCCAACAACACCAACCCCUUCGGCUCUACCUUCUGCUUUGGACUGCAGAGGAUGAUCUUUGAGGUGAUGCAGAAUAACCACAUAGCAUCAGUGACCCUGUACGGUGCUCAUCGAACCGCAAGUCAAGCCCGACCUGAGUCCAGUAGUAGUUCCCACUGAACAAGUAACCAGAACCACAUCCCAUUCUGGCCUGUCCUGAGUCUAGUACCUCUGCUGACUGAACCUCUAACCCAGAGCCAGAUUCAUAACCAAGCAGACCAAACCCAGAGCAACAACGUAAUCCAUACCAAGCUCAGAUGCUACUCAUCGAACAGACCUACAACCAGAAUCCAGAAUAACCAAGUCACACCUGGUAUUUAUCAACUUUUCCUGGUGGGUCCUAAGACUUACUCUCCCAAUCAGACACACCCGGUCGGCCCAGUCAACCCAGCCCAGACAGGAACCAGGAUCUAGUGACAUGGUCGCAGUGCUGGACCACUGAUUCUUUGCAAUGAAACUAUCGAAGUGAUGUCUUGGUUGUGUGGGAAUAUUCACGGUGGUGCUGCAAACUGACACGCUGAAGAAAUUCUAUGCUCAAGUAGAGCUCGGCUGUUUCCUGUUUCCACCCAGUGACUCGAUUGGUCCAGGACCACAGAAGAACAGUUUGUCCAGACUGUAGUUUGGAUGGCAUGGUUCCACCAGUAAGAUGUAAUGGCAGCCUGUAUUGGACAAUAACCUCCAUCACAUUGUGGUGAGAAGAUCAGCAUUUAAUUAUCAUCUGCAACAAAUCUCUAUGUAAGCUGCUGUGGCCAAAGUCUUGAAAGAAACUCUUGCUUGACCCACUGAAUAAACACCAACCAACCACACUGCCAGCCCAACCAGUACCGCCUGUCUUCCUGCCACAACUUUAGAACCAGGCCCCGACUGGCUCAACCAGACCCGGACACAUUCAAACUACAAGCACCAGAGCCAAACACAUUGGAAGCUGCAGAAGACUUUUAACCAAAAAAGCAUGAAAGUCCAGACUGACAAGAACCAAGAAACACAGUCGGGGUUUGGAGAGACAUGUGGCACAGAACACAAGAUCCACAAGGGCCGGCGGACCAGAUGUGAAGCCUCUCGAGGCAGAACGGUCCAAACAUUGUCAACAUUAUUGCCUCCCUCUUAAACCGUCCUACUCACUAGUCCUCCGACUUUCUUCAGUGGUGCCCUACAAACACACAGAGACGCACUCUCAAGCACACAGCAGUAAACACUAUUAACCCACCACAGCUGUUGUUAUCAGGAGCUCUAGAUGUUGACGUGUCUGUCUCCUUACUUACACACGGAUAAAUGAGCAUCUGCAUGUGCUGCUGCUGUUUUUCAAAUUGACAUUUCAACAGACUUUAAUUCAAACACACACACACAGAUAUUUAGUCCCUUCACCACUAUGCCAACAUGUAUUUCUAAUACGUGAAAGCUAAGUGCAAAACUAACAUGGAGACAUGCAUGACGCAAGGAUUUGCAUGAACUUGGCAGAUGCUUUUGAAUGAGAGGAAACUUAUAAGCACAAACUGGCAACCUGUUAUUUUUAUCUGAUCCUGCAUGUUGUGAGGGACAAGGACUCGUUUUAUUUUUCUCUGCCCUGCUUCGUUCAUUCACAUCACGUUCAUUUUCAUUGUGUUCUCUUUUGACAUUUGCACUAAUGCACACCUUGUUACGUGAUCGGUUCAUUGUGCCCUAUCCUCAGAGAGAUGGAUUUGUGGAGACAUUCGGAGAGCUAGUGGUGUUUUUAUCCAUACAUUUAUUCAGAAGACCGGUCCUCUAUGGUGCAUGGUGUAUGCAGCCAUAGCAUCUGUGUUGCUCUCAUCUCUCUUCCUUAACUCUGCAUCUGAUCGAUGCACCAAAAAUCCAUCCCUCAGCAAUGUCUGCAUCUAUUGUUGAAUUGCCAAAUGCUUCAGCCAAAGACGAUUCAGGAUGAUUUCAUUUGAUCAGCGGACGUUAUCACUGUAGUCUCUUUUGUCUACACCUGUCCUAAGGAGAGAGUCGUUUGUUGGCUGUCUCCCUUCUCGUGUGUCUUUUAUGUCAAACCUGCACAUUGCAGUCAUUGCCGCGGUAACGCCUCUAAAUUCAGCUCCUGGUUUCUGUAAUGACAGUAACACAAGACGUGAAUAGCUGACUUGUGCGUGUGUUUUGAAACCAAUCGGCCUGUCUUUCAUCAGGGUUUGGUUACAGCCAGAGACACAUUAGCAAUAGUAGUAGUCUCUUGUACAGUUGUUGUUGUUGUUGUUGUUGUUAUCAGAGAGCUGUAAUUUAUGGAAUUCCUCUGUGAAUUGAGUACAUUUAAACCCAUUUAGGAAAUGGGGAAGAACAUCAUCAUUCCUUCAUCAUAACAUUUGCUUCCGUCCAAAUGUCUGAAUUUUGGAAUAUUUUUCCUCAUAAGCAUUUGAAUAAACUGUGUAUUCAUUUGAAUGGACACAUUCUCUUUUUAUUGUCCUUUGUUACAAAUUCCAUUGAGUCUUUUUAUUCCUUCCUAUUGCUGAAGUUAUGAUUGCUUGUGUGAAGGCAUCAGGGUUGAAGUCGGGGCCCUUAUACGUGACAGAAUGUUGAGAGCAUACAAAUGCCGAGGCUGGUUUCCAGAAAUGCAGUAUUUUUGAGAUUGGCACAAACGUAUCUUGUCAUGAGUUUCGACGUGUUCAAAGUGGCUUCACUGUGGCAUUUUAUUUUGUUUCUUUAACAACCCCAACUGACUAAAUCAGAUGGUUGAUUGAUUUCAGCCCUCAUUGAAACAGAUUGCAUCACAGUGUGAGUUAGCUCGUAACCAGCAGCAUCCGCAUGAAAUAGCCGAACAACUGUACUCGGACUACAUUUCUGAUUCAUUGUAAUAGGAAUUAAGACUUUUACAAUUCAUUACCAGUAGCCUUCAUCUACAGUACUAUUUCCUGAGGUUUAUUACAUACAGAUGACCAUGAGAAGACCUGAUUUAAGAGCAGCUGAAGAAAUUAAUUUCUGUGCUGUUAGUUAGUUUGGCUAUUCUGAGAAUUGUUUUAUUUUUUAUUCAGGCCCUGAUUCUUCUAGCUGAUGUACAAAUGCUGUAAAUAGCGGAGUGCUCUUCGUCUGGCGUCCUUUCAUUGACGUGAUCCUAAUGGCUUUGCAAUGACACAACUGACUUGUCUUAAUAUUUCCUCCUUAAAACAAUUAACAAACACUGGAAGUUUUUAUUUUAUUUUGACUCCAGACCACUCAGUAUUGAAACUUUUUUUAUUGUGCAAUGCUAAGGCUGCAAGUACACAAAAGUGUUGUGUGCCAGUAGAUGGCCCUGCUACAGCUCUGCUUGAACUGCUACUGCAGAGUGUUAAAUUCUGAUCCACAGAAACAGCUUCAAAUGAAAAAUCUCCAUUUAUGCAGGCAGGGGAAACCUUCCUCACAGUUGGACUGGAAGAGAACUCUGGUUGAUUUGGAGUGUAGUGUUGGCAUGUUGCUAGAUUUCUACUUGUUUACGCUAGAAAAUGCAUUUUGUUGGCUGCAGCCAGACUUGUGUCCUAGUCGAGGUAAUGGGGGUUUUGGGAAGCAGGAGAGAUGAAUGUUUUACAGUCUGGUUUCUUAUACUGGGAUCCCAAAAGCUAGCUAAUGUUUCAAGAUGAAUCCAACGAAUAAACUCAUUUUACUAAAACUUGCUUUUGUGCAAGUAAAUGCGAGAAAAUCAAGGAAACAAACUGCUGAAUAUUGUGCCUCAUCUCCCACCGAGCCCGUCUUUGACUUGUGUGUCUCUCCUCUGUACAAAGGAAUCUCAUUGUACAUACAGUUUGAGAAUGCAUUUGAACUGCAUCAUUGUACAGUACGUGUGUGUGCGUGUCUCUGAGCAUUAGCAACAAGCUAACACGGUACUAUGGCCGUCUGUCAUUUUAGUUUUCCUGUUACCUGCAGAGAAUGGCAGGCUGGGUUGGGUUCGCCCAAGACAAGGAAGUUGGUUUGUGUGUAUAUUUAUAGUAUACGGUGUGUGCAUGUUAACAUCACACACAGAACAAUGUGUGUUCACAACCCUUAAAAGCUCGUCAUAGUUAGUUACUGAGGAAUACAUGAUUUUAGCAAUGCAAUCCUUCUUUAAGACCUGAAGCAAAACCAUUCCUCGUCUUCCUCCACAAUAUAAAUUGGUUGUUCCCCAAAAGCUCUCCGUGCUGAUUUGAGUUUCGCUCAUUUGGAAGCUGAUGGUUCAAAGAUGAAUUGAAAAACCAGAAACAGGAGCGGCAAUAUUCUCCUGAGGGAAAUAAAUGAUCAAUGAUUUUAGUCAAACACACACAUACAUUAUAUAAUUCACUUAAUACAAGAGAAACAAUUCUACUCAUUAACCCAGUUUUGGUAAACUUAGCCCAGCUAUGAGGUGCAGUGUUACUGAGAGACCGAGGGAGGAGCUAUGGGGUGCUGGGUAGUUAAUCUCACCCAAAUUCAGGUGGACUUUUCACAUCCUUGUUUUUCUAAAAGAAUUUAAGGUAGAUAAACAAGUGAAAAAUCUGCUUGGCUUUUAAAUUUCACAUUUAUUUUUAAAACAAAAUGAUUAUUUCAUUGAAUGCAGGAAUGAAUGAUUGUCGUAACCGGAUCGUUGUAAUUUGUAAUGGACGGGUUCAGUUCAGUGCAAUGGUAAUUUCAUAUUAAUGGUUUGUAUUGUCUAUUCUUGGUAUCAUAUAUAUUCUGUUGCCCAUGUCACUUAUUCUCCUCAGAAUAUUUUUUGUGGAAUCGGUACAUUUUGAACCCAUUUCUGGAAAUGGGAGAGUUGUACUUAACCUGUGAAAUUCAUUGGAAUGUGGCAUUUUUCUAUUUUGAAUACUAUAACUUUGUGUAUGAAGAAAUAAGUCAAUUUAUUCAGCAUGUCCACUGAAAAAAAGGCAAUAACAAAACCAUAUAGUGCAUAGAGAAGAAUUAGGUUGACUGAAAGCUUUGCUCCAGCAAAAUACUUUUGACUGCAUUUUGAUGACGGUUGUUGAGAGUCGCUACUGCUGUGUAACCUUUGAACAACUCCAAUGUGACUAUUAUGAAAUGAAAUGCCAACUAUUCAUUGACAUCAAAAUUAAUUUGUGUGUACAACCAGGAUAUUAAAAAAUAAAUAAAAAUGUGGAUGUGUAAAAGACUGAGGCUUUUAUU